AUGCUUCGCCUCUCCGACUUAGGUUCCAUGAAGCCUGGCAUCUUACCCCAGGACCAAAACGACGACCGCGACGAGGACCUCCGCGACGUCGACGACGUCUUCAACAACGACUACGACUUACAAAGCAACACCAACCUCAUCUUCCCAGACAAGCAAAACAGAGACAAAACCACCCACACCAACCAACCCCCCUCCCCUCUCCUCCUCCUCCCCGCCGAACUCCGCAACAAGAUCUACAAAUUCGUCUUCUUAAACACCACCAUCAAUGUCAACAAGCUCCUCAUCAAAAAAGACGUGCUCGGCCGCUACCCCAGCGUCCGCGCCAUCCUCUACACCUGCCGCCAGGUCUACAUCGAAGCCAGCGCCUUAUCCUUCACGCUCUGCACAUUUGUACCUAGCUACUUUGCGCUAAGAUUCUUUGCGUUGUCUAAUCUGCCUGCGGCAGGAUUUGGGAGGGUUGAGCGUCUGUGGCUGACGCGGGGGAAUGGGCUGGCUGUUGUUGAGGGGAAAGAGGAGUUCAAGGGUGCGGGGUUGAAGGAGUAA